AUGGAGCACAACAACAACAAGAAGAAGAACAAGAAGCGGAAAAAAGAAAGAAACGUCGCGUUGUCCUCCUCUUCGAUGGAUACAUUUCAACACAAAAUCUCCUGUCCAAUUUGCAAAGAACUGUUCCACUUACCCGUCGCCCUCGUCCGGUGCUCCCAUACGUUUUGCAGCAAAUGUUUGAACGAAUACAUGAAGACGUUUCAAGACGAUAAGAAACGAAACUGUCCGAGAUGUAAAGGCCCGGUGACAGACGAGAAGGAUUGGGACGGGACCGGGGAAGUGGCGUUGAGACCGAACCGAGAGAUGGAGGAGAUCGUGGAGAGUUGGAAAGGAAACGUGUUGGAGCCUCUCUUGUUGGUGGAUGCGGGGAGAGAUAACGAAGACGACGAACAAGAAGAAGAAGAAGAUGAAGAAGAAGAAGAUAAAGAAGAAGAAGAAAAAGAAGGCGAUAAAACAACAACAACAGUCAUAAAAAAACUACCGAACCCGAUUCCACCGCCGACGAAAUACCACCUGCUCCCGAAAGCGAAGCAAGCGGAGAAAACGAGAAAGACGAAUGAGUUACGCGACGACUUGGAGAAAAAAUACGGAUUCGACGGGAGGACGUUAAAGGGACAAACGUACGACCAGUUGAAAUCGAAAUACGUUGAGUUUAGAGACACGUAUAACGCGGAGUUGAAGUUGUUUCAACGGAAACCGGACAUGAAGAGCGUCGUGAAAAACAUGGAAUCGAUCGAAACCGCCAUUCGCGAAGAAGCCGAGAAAAAGAACGCUAAGAGAGUGAGCAAGGCGACGGCGUUCUUCAACCCAAAAGGAAAUAAUAACAAUAGCAAUAACGAUAGAAAUAUAAUAGAUCAAGAGUUGAUGAGGAAGUUGGUCGAGCAAGCUGGUAGAGGCUUGAAGAAGACGAAGAACCUCUGCCGCUCUCGCAACCCAAUCUGA